CCGCGCACCCCUCGUUUAUUCAUGAACCGCGUGGGGGAAGACCUUUUGGACAGCCACUAGCUUAUCCCCACACUCCCUUAGAAUAUCAAAUGUGUGUGUGCAUCAGAGAAAGCGAGUGAGAGUGUGUGUCAGUAUUUACACUCAAUUGUGAGCACUUUGCACUCUUAUUGGUCCAUGCACAGUGACUGGCCUAUCGGGGAAUGGUAGACAUUGUAGCUCCAUCUGCUCAAGCUCUCAUUGUCUUCUGACGGAACACAAUCUACAGCACAGAGUGUUACUUCUUCAAGCUUUUUGGGUUUUGGCUCCCUUCAUCUGCUUGACUGGAUUUGUGCAUCCCUACUUGGUUUCUGCUUCUUGGUUUUGAGUUGGAGUGCAACAAGGAAAAUAUAUAUUUUGUGCAUGGCAGUUAGCCAGUGCUGAACUGAGAAGAGGUAUUUUAAUUAACCGCAAUAACUUUUGGGUUGUAUAUUCCAGGACUUAUGGUUUAUCUCUGAAAGGCGAUCUGAGGGCUGAAUAACAGGUUGCAGGGGUCAGGAAGACUCUCAGUCAGAACAGCAUUGGAUGUUUGUCGCAGAUUCAUGGGCCUGAAAGACCAUCUGGAUGAUGGAACAGGCCACAUCCAACUGGGGCUGGAUCUAGACUACCUUCAUGUGAAGGCUACAGACCAGCAGACUGGCGCUGACGCUGGACUUAUCAUGGACAGUGGUUUAUCUGACACAGGUGACGUUGUGGCCCCCUGCACUAGGAGCUGCGGUUCUUCUCCACAAGAUGACUCAGAGGAAAGUGCAGGGUCAGACAGUGAGCCUGCACAUAGACACAGUCAUCCUCUUGUCAAUAUGCUUGGUGAUGGGUCCAUCCAUGGAGUCCACCCAACACACUGUAAGUCUCCAAGUCUGGGUAUGGAUUCACUGGUUCUGGAUAUGGUGCACCAAGAGCCAGGCCCUGUGGAUACUCUCAGGGAAUACAAGACGAAGAUGGAGUUUGCCCUUAAACUCGGCUAUGCAGAAGACUUAGUUCGGCUGGUUCUGAACAAGCUCGGGUCAGAUGCACUGAUCAAUGAUGUUCUUGGGGAGCUGGUAAAACUGGGCAGUAAGCCAGAGAAUGAGGGUGGGACACAGACUCUCUCCCAAUCCACUUCCACAUCAUCAUCAUCAUCCUCUGGCACAUCUUCUUUCUGCAGUUUCUCUGACUCACUUGAUUCUCGCCGGUCAGAGUCUCCUUCUGUGGAAGAUAAGGAUAACCUCCGCCCAAUUGUUAUUGAUGGCAGCAAUGUGGCCAUGAGCCAUGGCAAUAAGGAGAUGUUCUCCUGUCAAGGCAUUCAGCUUGCAGUUGACUGGUUUCUUGAACGCGGCCAUCGAGACAUUACAGUUUUUGUUCCAGCCUGGAGGAAAGAACAGUCCCGUCCUGAUGCUCUUAUCACAGAUCAGGAGAUUUUGAGACGUCUGGAAAAGGAUAAGAUUCUUGUAUUUACACCGUCACGUCGUGUCCAGGGCCGCAGAGUAGUCUGCUAUGAUGAUAGGUUUAUUGUUAAGCUAGCUUAUGAAUCAGAUGGCAUUAUUGUCUCCAAUGACAACUACAGAGACUUGGCUGUUGAGAAACCGGAAUGGAAAAAAUUCAUUGAUGAACGCCUUCUGAUGUACUCCUUUGUAAAUGAUAAGUUUAUGCCUCCUGAUGAUCCAUUGGGUCGACAUGGGCCAAGUCUUGAGAAUUUUCUUAGAAAAAGACCCAUCAUUCCAGAGCAUAAGAAACAGCCCUGUCCAUAUGGAAAGAAAUGCACCUACGGGCACAAGUGUAAGUUUUACCAUCCAGAGCGUGGGACACAGCCACAGCGAGCGGUAGCAGAUGAGCUCCGUGCCAGUGCCAAGAACUCCACAGUUAAAAGUGUGGGAGAGACAGGUCUCGUGAAAAGCCACAGUGAGCCUGGAGGCUCCCGUAAUGAUAAAGCUGGUGACGGUAAACGAUCUCUACCAAAGAGGCAAUUGGACCCCAGUAUCCGUGCCCAGUCUUACAGUGAUGUGGAGGAUAAGCUGUGUUCCAAAACUAAAGCAGACCUGUAUAAGAGCAACCUAGCUCUUCCUCCAGCUCCAGGAGGUCCUCCUUCCUGUCAUGGGUAUAGCCAGGACCUGAAAGAUCACAAGCAGACUCAAGCAGAACCACACACAAACUGUGAAUCUCCCGAUCUUUAUUACUCCAUGGUUAGGGCAUAUUCUGGCCUAAGCCUUCCCUCUCAGAGCAGUCCAGAGCGUCACUUCCUGUCUGAUGCUGAUCCACGGACCAGCUCAGUGGCAUCAGAUUGCAGCAGCGAUGGCAGCAUGAGCUCUGAUUCUUAUGGCAUGGCAACCCACAAUGAGCAUUCUUGCAUGAGUUCUUCUGAUUUGUUACUGGAUGAAGGAAUCAAGUGUCAUCACCACCAUCAUCAUCGUAGAAAUUAUCAUUUACCCUCUGUUAUUCCUCCAGGGUUCAUUCUCUCUCCUGCUACAUCUAAUCACCCAGGAUUCCACCACAGCAUACCUCGUGCUUAUAGUUUUGCUCCAGAAGAUCAGCAAGACCCCCAUUUCCAGCACUCUGUCUCCUACAUGUCUCCACAACGCCAGCAUCAAGUGGCAGGCUCCCGCUCAAGCUAUCCUGGAGACUAUCCUCCUCUCUGCCAGAGCAACACUCACUCCCAGAACUCUCCACUGGGUCGUGGCCUUGCCUCAACACGUGUGGACAGCAUGUCAGACUCCAGGCUUUAUGAACACUCUCCAUUGCUUCCUAGAAAACCUUAUGUAUCCCAAGAGCGAAAGACCAGCUGGGAUCCAUAUUACAGAGAGCACCCACAGCAAUGCUAUGAGCCCAUCAGUUUCCAGGAUCUUUCAAAGAACCGUGAACAGAUGUGGAGGAUGCCCUGGGGCUGUCCUUCUGCUCCUCCUCCACCCCAUCUGCCCCAUGCUUUAUCACACCAGCACCAGGAGCCACUUGCCUUAAGUCGUUACCAGGAAGCACGAGAGAAAGUGUUUACCAACCUGUGCAACAUUUUUCCCACAGAGCUAGUGCAGUUGAUCAUGGGGCGGUACCCUCAUGUGACUGACGCCCAACAGCUGGCAGCAGCCAUCUUGGCAGAAAAGAACAAUGCUGGAUACUAAGCGCUGAGGUAAAAUACUCUCAUCAUUUACUCACUCACAUUUUCACAAAUGUGUGAAUUUCUUUCUGCAGAUGAACACAAACAGAAUAAAAAAAAAAAAACUCUGGGGAGACCAUAAAUAUAUGGGACCCCCAAAGAUGAUGCUUCAAAAGCCACACAAAACACAAUGUAAUCCAUACUGCUCCAGUUGAUGAAUCAGUGUUUUCUGAGGUGAAAUGAUAAGUGUUUGUGAGAAAAAUACUAUUAAAUGAACUUUUUUUUAAAAAAUAUAAACCAUCUUCUGGCCAAGUGUCAAAGGUGUGUUCACCUGAUGUAAACGUCAGCAUGUUGUGAAAUGUGAUGUAAGUGCAUUGUGAAGUUUGUGAAGCACAGAGGCUUGUCACUUAAGAACACAAAUCUCACAAAUCUUGUGUUCAUCUGAAGAAAGAAUGUUACACUAUAUACUUUGUGGGAUGGCAUUGUGGUGAGUAAAUAAUGUGAGACUUUUUGAAUUGGAGUAUCCCUUUAACAGUGACCCACUCUCUGUAAACACUGACUCUCUUUGGCAGCUUCUUGCACCCUAAUGAAAUUGAGGCAUCUGGUGAAGAUGACCCAGUCUAUUUAUGUAAAACAUUGCAUUAAAAGUAUCAGAUUUAAAUUCUCAUACUAUUAAGAAUUUUCGAUUUCUUGUUGGCUGACCUAAGAGGAGAAUAUAGCUAUAAAAGACAUUUUAUAGACUAGAAGUGUGAAUGUUGUGAUGUGUGUGAUAUUUAUUUUUUGCUAUUUAUUUUCUGAAAUGUUUUACUUUAUGUUCAUGAUUAUGUUCAGGUGAGCAUGCAAGGAAUCACAAGGCACUUUCUAUUGCUGUUUAUCAAAUUCAAUGCAGUUUGGUAACUUAUGGCAAUCAGUAAGAGGAGGUGGAAGCCAGAGUAUUUGUAGGUGUAGAUGGUCUACAAUAGAAUGUAUUAGUACAGCUUGGCUAUUAUAUCUGUAAAGCUGUUUUGAAACAAAGCGCUAUACAAAUAUAUUUGACUUGAGAAAACAGAUGUUUAAAGCAUUGCAUUCAUCCGUGUCAACAGAUCACUUAUAUGAAAUGAGUAUAAAGGGCAGGUCCCUCUUCACUUUGCUAGAAUAUGACUAACCUUUUUGGCUGAAAAAAAAUUAUUUGAGGAAUAUUUUUAUACACUUUUGUUAAUUUCUGAAAGAUAAUCGCUUUCAAAUUCAGAGGUGCUAUCAUGAAAAUAGCUUUAUUUUUAUAUAGCCAUAAUCCUGCACAUCUUUGGCUUUCCUCCUCUUUGUGAUGUAAUGCCAACUCUCACUUGAAUUAUUUGUUUGCAUUUUCUUUUUUCUUCUUUUUUUUUUUUUGCUUGUUUCUUCCAAAUCACAUUCUUCAUAAUCUAGUUACAUUUAAAUUUGGUUCUUUAUAUGCAAAAGUGGAGUAACUUGCCUAUCACUGACUGCUUAUAUUGCCAUUUUAAUUGUUUUUGUGAUGUUUUAUUCUUUUAUAUAUAGAGAUAAAUGUGUCAGGGUGUGCUUGCUUGUAAUUUGGGAAUUGGCUUAGGUAUUCUGUAGUUCUGUAAGUGUUAUCAUAGGAUAAAUGGUCUGAAUGUAGCCACAGGUGUAGUGUAGUGAAGACAGCUCUGUCUGUGUACCUUAGUUUUAGUAAGGGACAUCUCUGGCUAAGCUUAUGGGUGCAUGAUACUGUAUCCUGCUCUUGUUGAAAGCAACUAAGUUUGGGACCUGAUUAGGUGCAGAUUUCUGUAAUGUUUUGGAGACGUCUUUAUCAGAAAUGAAUUAUUCCAGAAUUGUUUUCAUAACAUGUGACUCAAGGUAGCCAGAGAAUACCUGUCCUUGUUGAUACAAAUUGUAUCUUUUUAACUUAAAUUCAGAGAUGUUUAUAUACAUAUGAUCUAUGAAAAGUAUAUUCACUCACAAAGAUAUGUACAAUAGGUAGUACAUGUAUAAAUUAAGAAAUGUUUUGGGCAACAUUUUAUGAAGAUAAUUGGUUCAGGUUUUUGAGGGAGAAGAAGAGCAUUAAAUGCUUCUAAAAUGAAGAAGGAACAGUAAUUAACAAGUUAAUUUAUUUUAAAGCAAAAGUAUUUACGAUCUUAUUUCUUAAAAAAAAAAAAAAAAAGUAGGGUUAUUGGAGUAAAUGGGGACAGGAUUUGUGAAACUUAAACAGUGAUCGUUUUAACCCUUCUGUUGCAUUGGGGUCAAAUUAACCCACAGCUUGAAAUACUGGUUAAACUAUUUACUUCUUAAAAUUUUUGCGAUUAUUUAGGGUCAUGAAUGUGAUUGCAAAGUUUCGACACAGAUAUGUUGGAAAGGCUGUAAAAAAAAAAAAAAAAAGAAAAAAGAAAAGAAAAGAAAAAAGAAAGAAAGUAAAAACCUUUUGUGCCCCUGAUUGGCAAACUGACCCCCACUGGUUUCCAUGCAAACCUUUACCAAAAAUCUGACUCAAAGUUUAAG